UUUCACAAUUUUCGAGCUUCUUCACAUUUCACUCCCUAUUCUCAUUUGUCUAUUGGACAGUGCGAUAUGCUUUCGUAACUGACUCGGCAUGAACCGACGUGUAGUCACUCUGCAUACUCACUAGCUUGGAUCCUGCAUUGGGCUGGACAGUUCUGCAUUGGCUUGUCCUCUUGGGCUAGAAAGUACUUGUAAUCCAUACAGACCGCCAUCCGCGCGAACAGGCAUUCUUCCGAAAUAGACGCCCAAGGCGUAGCAUUGCCGACCCACGAUGGCAAGAUCACCAGCUUGGUCAUAGUCUGUCAAGCACUGGAACGAUGAACGAUUCUGGCAUCUUGCGCUCAGCCAGUGGCUCCUUUCACGUUAGUUCUCGGCCGCCCUCGCGAGCAUGGAGCGAUUCUACCGAGCGACCAGAGUCAUCGCAUUCAACGGUGGUGGGAGGACCGAGGAGUAUCAGUCAAGAGAUUGAGCACAUAAAGAGGUUGAUUACGCGUGCCGAAAGCAACCGACAGCAGAUAUCUGGUAGCAUAACCGCUGUGGUAUUCAGGAACAAGAAACAGGAGCCUGUGGUGAAGGAGCACAUAUUCCACGAGCUCGAUGCUCUGAAGAGGAGAAUUAAGUAUGAACAGCAACAAGCUGCAGAGAAGGCGAAGGAACAGGAGCAUGCGCUGGUCAGGAGGGCGAGCCAGAUUGAUCCUGGGACUGAGAGUGAGAGUGAGGUUGAAAGCGUGCUCGACGAGCGCGACGAAGAGCUAGAGAAGGCGAAUGAAGCCCUGGAGAUCCAAAGGGAGAGGUUCGAAAGCCUUCUGGAGAACGCUGAAGAGCGCGUGGAUCUGUUGACAGGGCAAAGAGACGCCUUGCAUUUGGAGAAAGCGCAUUUGGAAGAGACCUUUCAAAGAGACAAGGACCGACUGGAGCGUUUACUCAAUGACGAGCGAAACAGACUACAGACGGAAAAAGCGAAAUUGGAGCAGGAGCUGAAACAAGAGAGAGACAACCGCGACCAUGUCUUGCAGAGCGCAGAAGAGCGAUUGGAUCGCUUGACUGAGGAGAAGGAGAUUGCGAAGGCUCGAACAAAUCAUCUUGUAGAGGAGCGGGAUCUUUUGAAAUCCGAGCUAGAGAAACUGGCCACUGAGACGGGCAAACUGGAAGCUGAUGUUGUUCGCGAGAAGGAGAGGCUCAAGGGUGAGCUUGGAGAUACGAAAGCGCAGCUAACACGAGCGACGAAGGAGAAGACUUCGCUCAACAACGAGCUGGAAGCAACUCGGAAAUGGGUUGAAGAGCUGAAUGCAAAGAUUGAGGAUGGUGCGCGCUCUUUGCAGGAGAAGUCAAAGGCCUUUGACGAUCUCCGAACCGAGAAGCGAAGCACAGAUGUUGCGCACAAGUCUGCUCAGGAGGAGAUCUUACGACUGCACGCACUCAAGUCGGAUGUCGAGGCUUCACUUCGGGACACUAGCGCGAAGCUAUCAAAGCUGGAACGCGAGAACAAAGACGCUGCUGCAUACCUGGAGAAGUUCACUGCUGAGCGUAGUGACGCUGAGAAGGCUUUGCAGGAGAAGCUCCAAGACGCCCACGGUCGCUGCAACAGUCUGACUGCUGAAUUGGCCCAACGAGAAAAGCUGAACAUGGACCUAGAACAGAAACUGAGCGCAGUCGAGACCAAGCACGAAACGGCCACAAAACAUGCUGUCGACCUUGGUCUCAAGUACAAAGAGGCCACGAAGACCGCUGACGAGCUCAGAGCCACGCAUGAGGUGGAACUCGAGCGCGUCCGUAACGAAGGGGCUGCCAGACUCAAGGAAAGUGAAGAUCAGCACGCUUACGAGAGUGCAGAGCUCAAGGAUGAGUAUUCGAAUCAAAUGGAUCAGCUUCGCAAAGAACAUGCCCAGAACCUCCUCACUAGCCUGCGCACCGAACGCGAAUCAGCGCAGAAAGAAGCUCAGGUGGAGCUGAAAGGUGCCAGAGCUGCUCACGCCGAACAGCUUAGAACCAAAAGCGCUGGGUUGGACGAGGUCAAGAAUAGCUUAGAAGAACUACGCAAGAAACGUGAUGAUUCGCUGGAGGAGGCAUCGUCCUUGCGUAAUGCGCUCGAAGUCUUACAGCAGCAAAAAGGCGAGAUCGAACAAGCCAGUCGGAAACGUCUCACUGAUACCGAGGCCUCGCAUGCUGAGACGAUGCAGCAAGAAAGGACGAGGACCCAGCAACAAAUUUCUGAAUUGCAACGACAACUGCAAGAGAAACAGACAGCUCACGAGCAGACUUUGAUCUCGAUCAAAUCUGAACAUGAGGCCGAAGUACGACAGCUGGUGGCGAAGCAUACUGAGGCAACUAGUGCUGCUUCGACCGCAGCGGAACAGAAAGUAUCAAAGCUCGAGGAAGACCACCAGAGGACAAUAGCAAGUCUAAAAGACGUGCACGUAGCCGCACUCGAGUGCAAGACCACGGAGCAUGGCAAGGCGCUGGCGGACUUAGUCGCUGAACACGAGCAGGACCGACAGGAAGCACGGGCCAGGCACGAGGAGGCAGAAGCAAAAUUGCGGGGAAAACUCGAGGAGGCAACGUCUCACUCGACAGGUACUGCUGCGACCCAUGAAGGAGCCCUGGCGGAACUACGCGCGGAAUACAGCAAAGAACUUCAGGCCCUGAGAGCUCAGCAUCACGCUCAACAGCAAGCUAAGGAGAGAGACGUGAACGAUCUGAAGGAAGAGCUUGCUCGCGCUCACGAAGAAGCCCUGGCGAAAGCGCGUGCGGAGCAUGGCGAUGAACUGACCAGGCUUGAGGCCCAGCACCAUGCACAUCAGCACGCUAAGGACAAGAUCGUGCGCGAUCUGGAGGAAGAUCUUAGCCGGCUGAGGUCCGAGCACUUGUCGGCCAUCAAUGCAAGUCGUGAGCACGGCGAGGGCGUGAAACGUGACCUGGUUGCCGAACACGAGAAAUUGACACAACAGAUUCGUGAUGCCCACGCUGAAGAACUGCAGCAGGCUCGACUCAAAUGGGCUGCCGAAAUCGAGGAUCUCCAAACAAAGAGUGCAACGGAGAAGGACCAAUUGCGCCAAGAAGUCGAAGACGCAUUGUCGCGCGUAGGCAAGGCACAAGCAGCCCAUGAUGCUCUCCUCGAGGACUUGAAAACCAAGCACAGCGCUGAACUGGAAGCUAUCAACGCUAGUCUGAGUGAUGAGGCCGCCCGGCAUCAGCAGACAGUCGCUGCCCACGAUGCAAAACUAGUUCAACUUCAGGCGGAGCACAGUGAAGCGAUUGGGACGAUCAAGUCUGAACAUUCCGCGCACAUCGAUGCCAUCAAGACCGCGACGCAGGAAUCUGUGGAACGUGACCACAAAGCUGCGAUUACAAAGCUUACUCAGGAACACGAGGAAGAAUUGGCUAGACUGCAUGAACGAUCAAACAAAUCGGACCGUGAUCGCGAAAUGGACCAUCAUGCCGAGCUGGCAGAGACGCGUCAAAAAGGCGAGUCACAAUUGGAGGACCUUCGUAGUGAGCACAGUCAGGCGCAGGCAGCUGCAGAGUCCAUGCACAGAGAGGCUCUUCACCAAUUGCAAACUGGACAUGAUCAGCAGCUCAAGAUACUGGCCAGCCAGCAUCAACAACGAUUGGACGAUCUGCGUUUAACCCUUACAGAACGACAGAGUAAGCGUGAGCAGGAAUUUGAGGCGAGCAAGAAGGCUGCGGCAGACGACAUCGAGAGGAUGCGUCACGACAACAUGAAAGCACUGGCGAUUGCGAGAGCUGAAGGCGGAUCAACACUCGAGGCAAGAUUGGCAGAAGCAGCAGCAAAGGCCCAAGUUGAAAUCACGACGAUGAAAUUCGAGCACGACAAAGCACUUUCAGAGGCACAGCACGAGCUUGAACGACUUCGGAGUGAGCACGAACAAGCGCUUGCGAGUGUCAGACUUGCACUUGAGGGAGAACUCGAUGCUACGAGAAAUAUGCACCGCAAGUCUGUUGAUGAACUGCAGGCGACGCUCAAGGUGCAGCUUGAUGAAGCAAAGACCAGCCACACCAGAGCUAUUGCAGAGCACGACAGCACGUGGGCCAACAAAUUGAAGGAACUGCAGGCUGAACACGCACAGUCUUUGACGGAGCUGCUUUCCAACAACGAUGCAUCCGCUGCUUCAAAGCUUAAGGAGUUAGACCAACUACAUGCCGACGCAAUAUCAAAAGCAAUCGCUGACGCUCGCCGUGAGGCUGACGAGCAGGCUGCAGCUGCUGAGGAGCAACACAAGACCGCUCUUGAAACUGCAGUCCAAAAGGCGCGGUCUGGCAGUCAGGCUGAAGUCCGGAAUCUCAAAAAGCGUCACCAAGACGCAAUGUCACAUAUUCGUCAAGCAGCUGAGAAGGCGUCAGGAACACAGCUUCAGGAGUUGGAGCGUGUUCACCGUAAGGAUCUGGAGCUGGCGUUGAACGAGGCGAAGGAAGCCGCUGAACGCGACCGUAAUUCACUUCUCGCCUCGCACGAAGAUGCUCUGACACAGGAGCGCGCUCGCACCUUGGAAGCUCAGCGAACAGAAAUGGCACGCCUCACGGAGCAACAUCGUGCUAGUUUCGCCGAUUUUGAAGCACGUACGCGUCUGCAGCGAGAGACUGAGGGAGCGUCUCGAGAAGCAGCAUACAAAGCUGAAGUCGAGGCUUUGCAGGCCAGACUUGAUGCUACCAUGACUGGCCAGGCUGAGGCCGAGCGAUCUCUUGCUGCUCUCCGUCAACAGCUCGUGACUGCUGAUAAGCGCAUUGCAGACGCCAAAUCUGGCAACGAGGCACAGAUCGCAGCUCUUGUCAGCGAGAAGGACGAUCUGACUACGCAACUAGAGCAGGUCCAGUCAUCGCUGCGUGAAUUGCAGCGUAAGCACUCUGGGGGGUCUGCCACGCCUCGAGCGUCAGUCGCGAUUCGCGAAGAAGUUGCGGAAUUGGUUGCACAAGUCAACACGCUUGAAGAAGAACGUUCGACCAUGCAAGCAAUGCUCAAGAAAAGGCAGGAGGAAAAGAACGAAGUUUCACGGCAGAAUGAAUUUCUGGUCAAGGAGCUGGAGAUGCUCCUGCAACAACGUUCUAGGCCGAGAGAAAGUUCACGAAGCUCUUCAAACGCCUUGGUGCAGACUGAGGACAUGCCCGUCGAGCCCAAAGCAGACAUGGCUUCAUUCACGCCGAUCAAAGCCGCACGCCGCAACACGAGCUCGUCAAGGCCCAUGACACCUUUAAGUCCAGGCGUCAGACAAGCUCGCGCGGACGUUGAGGCAGCAUGGCAAUCGCGUUCUUUCGAAGACUAUCUCGAUAAUGCCCGAGCAGAGUUGUCGGAGCUUGGCAGUGUGAUCAGCGCCAACGAGGCCUUGUUCGCACGUAAGAUCGAUGAGCAUGUUAGUGGACUUCAACGAGCCAAAGACGAACUGCAGGCAGAUUACAACGCCAAAGUCGCAGCUCUCGCGAAGGACAAGGACACAAUGGAGCAAAUCAUCAGCUCCGAACAGCACGCUCAGUUCGUGAAAGACCGCAAGAAACUUAUUGCGAAAUACGGCGCAGACUUUCAAGACCCGGCCGAACGCUCGGCAAUGCUGACCAGCCUGCCUAUGGAUACUGCUGUCGCGCUUCGUACAGCUGAACAAAAGCUGGUCGACGAUUACAACAAACGCAUCACAAAACGCAAAUCUCAAAUAGCUCUGAAGCACGCUGAGGAGUUCCAGAACAUCACGCGAGACUACGAUCGGCGCGUUUCCGUACUCUUGAAUACUAGGUCACGGCUGGAAGGAGAUCUUUCUAUGGAUCCAUCGAAAUUCGAAGCUGCAUACGGAGACAUCACGAACAAGUCCGAACAGCUGUUUGCCGAGCGUAAGAGCAAUAUUGGCGCGCCACGUGCAGCCAGAAAGAGCGACGAUGUGCCAAUCCUCAGUGGUCAUGCGAGCAUGCAAAGUCAGAGUUCGCCCCAUCUGCCGUUCAAAGAUUUGGAAGUCGACCGGGCGAGGCCAAGAACGCGUGAACGCACGAGUAGUCCUCGUACCGAGCAAUCUCUCCCUCGAUCGAGUUCAAGGCCACGAGAAUUCUUCCCUGGCAGUAGGGAUUCUCCAGAAGCGACUUCACAGCCGAUGAAAGCUCGACGCGGCUCGAACAAGCACCCUCCCGUGCCUCAACAUUUCCUGAUGCGCACCAAGGAGGCCGCUGACUUCUUCGCUCCGCCAAGAGUUGUCUCGGACGCCUCUCCCGAACCAAACAUUCCGCGCACCCCACGAGGCAGACCUCAGAGCAGAGCCGAUUCCAGGAUCAACCACUCGCUGGGCUAUGAGCCUUCCGUGGCAGAAUCACAACAAGCUGCAUACGCUGACCGAAGGAUCGUUUCCCUUCAAGAAAAGUCUCCUAGCAUCUUACGCAAGAUCAAGGACAAGAUCUCGCCAGUGAGCUCUAGACCAAGCAGCUCGUCUGGCAGACCCUCCUCUUCAUCUGGGAAUACUCCGUCAAAGUCAAACUCGAAGUCUUGGAAGCCUCAUAUACACAAACGUUCCAAAAGCAGACAUUUGUCGAGUGGGAUGAUAUACUACAACGACCCUGCGAAACAUCCUCCACCGACCACAUAUCACUCCUGA